UAAUACUAGAUCUAGAUCUAAUACUUUUGUCAAAACUUGAGAAAAAUCCAAAUUUAGAAUAUUGAUUUGCUAUGUUCGUGUGUCAGAUCUAGAAUUUUCAUGGCAAUGGGUGAAGUACGUAAACUUGACUCACUAUGUGACAAUUGCAAGGCGGUUAAGUUUGUAUUGUUACAAGUAUCUCCCAGGCAUGAUACUAUAAAUAAACAUUUAUGAACUUACAAUGACCCCAAAACUGAGGCCAACACAAUUUCAAACAGCUAUUGCCAGAGCUAUGACGUAUGCUGAUAAUUUUUUAAUUAAAGUCAAAGUGAACUCACGGUGAACCCUCGACAGUGUAAGGAUUUUUCUACCACUGACAAUCACAUGAUAUUUAAUUGGAACAGUUCUAAUGCUUUUUUAUGGGUUUUUUUGCCUUUUCUAAUUAAAAGUCACAUUCAUAAAAAAAAAUAAGUAGAUCUAGUGUUUUCCUAAUGUUUUUGUGUGUUUCGGUUGUGUUUAUAAUAAAAUACACUCAACUGGAGGUGAUUCACCUGGUGAACGUAAAGCGGGGAAUAAAAUACGCUAAAAUGGAGUUUUACCAAACAGAGUUGGUUUGUGCUAGCAGAAGCAGUACACUAAUGGAAUAAUGUAAUGAAAUAAAAAUGACUAUCAGUAUCAGUUUGCUAUACUUUUUAACAUUGGCUUUGAUUUUGAGAAGUUUCUCUUGCUCAGCUCGUAAUCAAAAUUCAGAUAAACAACGAAAUAUAAAAACUUAUUACCCAUUUCAAAAUAUAAGUUUGCCUUGGAAUGUUCGAGUAGACGAUCUCGUUUCUAGACUAACUAUUGAUGAAAUUCAGCUGCAGUUGAGUAGAGGUGGGGCUGGAGAAUACGGUGGCCCUGCACCAUCAAUACCAAGAUUAGGGAUUGGUGCUUAUAAUUGGGAUACUGAGUGCCUUCGAGGAGAUGUAGAAACGUAUGGAAAUGCAACUGCAUUUCCUCAAGCUAUAGGACUUGCUGCUGCAUUCAGUUCUGAAUUGCUGAUGGAUAUUGCCUCUGCAACAGGAAAAGAAGUACGAGCGAAGCAUAAUGACUAUGUUAGAAAAGGCAUUUUUGCAAGUCAUACUGGUGCAAGCUGUUUCAGUCCGGUCAUCAACAUUGUAAGAGAUGGGCGAUGGGGAAGAUGUCAGGAAACCUAUGGUGAAGACCCAUUUAUGAGUGGGAAAUUAGCUGAAAGUUUUGUUGUUGGUUUACAAGGCAAUGAUCCACGAUACAUACAAGCCUCUGCUGGAUGUAAACAUUUUGAUGUUCAUGCUGGUCCAGAAAAUAUUCCUGUUCCAAGAGAAUCUUUCAAUGCAGUUGUUUCUGAUCAUGACUGGCGUAUGACAUUUCUACCUGCUUUUCGCAAGUGUGUAAAAGCUGGCUCAUUCAGCAUUAUGUGUAGCUAUAACAGCAUAAACGGAGUACCCGCUUGCGCCAAUAAAAAACUGCUGACUGAGAUUUUACGACAUGAAUGGAACUUUACAGGUUAUGUUGUGAGUGAUGAACAGGCAAUUGAAAACAUCAUUACAAGACAUCAUUAUUUAAAUAACAGUAUCGAUACAGCUGCAGCUUGUAUCAAUGCUGGGUGUAAUCUUGAAUUAUCACCAAAUCUUGUUGAACCUAUCUACAUGUCUAUUGUGGAGGCUGUAAAUCAAGGGAAAAUCUCAGAAAAUCUAGUGAGGGAAAGAGUAAAACCUCUGUUUUACACAAGAAUGAGAUUAGGAGAAUUUGAUCCAUCAGAUAAAAAUCAAUAUGCACAGCUCGAUACAAGUGUUGUCGAAAGCCCUGAGCAUAAAGAUUUAGCUGUUAAUGCAGCAAUGAAAACUUUUGUCUUACUCAAGAAUCUAAAGAGUUUUUUGCCUUUGAAAAUGGGAUCCCAUCAAAAAGUUUCUAUAAUCGGACCAAUGGCUGAUAAUUAUGAUCAACUUUUUGGCGAUUACACACCCCAACAAGACAAAAGUUUUACAAAAACUCCUCUUCAGGCAUUAAAAGAGAUAUAUCCAAGAAUUCAGUACCAAAAAGCUUGUGAGGAUGGAACUCCAUGCAAAAGUUAUAACCCAAGGGUGAUUCCAGAAGUUGUUAAUAAUACUGAUCUUCUUUUUGUUGCCUUGGGAACAGGAGUUGCAGUAGAAACAGAAAAUAUUGAUAGGCCUAACUUAGAACUGCCUGGUAAACAAAAAGAUUUAAUGAUUGAUGUUUUAAAGUAUGGAGGCAAAAGUGGAAUAGUCCUGCUUUUAUUCAAUGCCGGACCUUUGAAUAUAAGCUUCGCCGACGAAUCUGAAGAAGUUAACGCUAUAAUGGAGUGCUUUUAUCCUGCUCAAGCAACGGGAGAAGCACUAGUGAAUGUUCUUUUCAAUAAAUUUGGAAAAGCAUCUCCUGCUGGAAGACUACCAAUUACUUGGCCAAAAUAUGAUUGGCAGUUACCUUCAAUGAUGAACUACUCAAUGAAAGGUCGGACUUACAGAUAUUUGCUUACAGACCCAUUAUAUCCUUUUGGGUUUGGGCUUUCAUAUUCACAGUUUUCCUACGAUUAUUUAGCAGCGUUUUCCUCUCCAAAUCCUAAACAGAACUUAUCAGUACAGCUUUUACUAAGCAACAUAGGAAAUGUGGAUUCUGAUGAGGUUGUCCAAUGUUACAUAGCUUGGCAGAAUAAGUCACUUCCUGUGCCACAGAGACAGCUUGCUUAUUUUCAACGAGUUCAUAUAAAAGCUGGAGUACAAAUAGGGUUAAAUUUUUCUAUCUCCUGGGAAUCAUGGACAUUUUGGAGUGAUAAUCGAUGGGUGAUUCAAGCAGGAACUAUGGAUAUAUAUUGUGGAGGUCAACAACCAUUCCAGAGAAAAUCAGCACCAUCAAAUGUACUAGCAGCUACAUUUGAAAUAUACAAUACAAUUUACAUAGAUUUACUUUAAUGACUAGUUGCCAAUUAUUGUGACUGGCUGUAAUUAAAAAGGGGCAGAUAACUUUGAUUAUUUUUGUUUUCUUUUUACGUAAUAAUUUUUAUUUCACCUAAAUAGUUUACCAAUAUAUUGUAACAAAUGAUUUAUUAUUUCUUGUAAUCCAUUCAACAAUAUUUUCUGGAAAAAAAAACACUAAAAGUUACUUGUGUAAUAAAACAGUAAUAAACAUUUAUUAGCCAUU